CAGACGCUUAUUAUAUAUAACCAAGUGGUGGUAGCUGAAGUCAUUUAUCUCUUCGUCAAUGGUUUGUUUCUGCUUUUUGGUGGACCAGAAGAGGAAGGUUAGGAGCUGCAAGCCGGCGGCAGGGACGUGUUCACGCUGCCGGAGUGGAGUCAGCGUCGCCGACAUGAAGACCAUCACCCGGUUUUGUUAUCUUCCCUUUUACUGCAAGUCCUGGAAAGCUAUUAUCUGUACAUUUUGUGGAGCUUUACUUAAGUCCUACAGAUAAAAUAAAAGCUUUAUUAUGUAUUAAUUCUGAGUUUGGAAAGAUAAUAGUAUUAUUCUGUAUGUUUAGUUCAGAUAAAGUUUGAAGCUCUGAGUGUAGCUUGAAAUAAAAAACCUGAGUUUGUUUUGUAAGGUUAUGUUAAUAUUUUUAACUUUUGUUGUAUGAUAUAUGAAGGAUUUUGCAGAGAAAAAUGGCGACGGUGAAACGCUACAGGUUUUUGCAGACUUGUAGUUGUAUUGUAUUGUGGAAAGUGAAAACAACCAAAAUCGACGAAGGUGGUGGUUGUGCGUCAUCCCUUAGCUUGAGAUGAUGGUUAUACUGUUGCUUGAGACGAUGGCUAUACAAUUAUUUUUGGCGUUAAUUUCUUCUGUGACAAAUUAAUUAUA